UGUCAUAGGCAAGCAGCCCCAGCUCCUCGGCUAUGGGAGGCGGAAGUGCCUCCUAGGUAAAUUGGAGCAAAUUGCAAUCGAUCUCCAGCAAGAAGCGGGGUUAAACCCGAUAUUUCCAGCGGGUGGAUGAUAAGAGCUCGGAAACUUUCCAAGGAGCUUUGGCAUUACAAAGGGAAUAACCCUCCCCCACCAGCAGCACCGCCAACGGCAGGAUCGGGAUUAUUAUUAUUUUCUUAAAACAGUCUCGUCUCCAAAACCAAAAAGCAUCCGGCCCCCUACUCCCCGCAAGUCUCUUGCCGCCCCCAUUAUCUGCCUAGGAGCUCGUGUUUUCGGUGCGGUGGGGCGGGGAGGGGGCAGUCCUGCAGUCUGAGCUCGGAGGCAGACUGAGAUGAAAUCAUUUGCGGUGGCCCUAGCAUGGCAUCUCUCAAGAGUUUCGGCCGGGCUGGGCAGAGAGAAGAGGAGGAGAACGGAGACCUGGACCGAUCGCUCCAGCAGAUGCUGCGGGCGAUAGUGGAGGAAAGGAACCGCAUUAACAUCCGCCAGGAGAUCAGCGGGCUGGGUUGUUUCAAAGAUGAUCGCAUUGUGUUCUGGACUUGGAUGUUUUCUACUUAUUUCAUGGAGAAAUUGGCCCCCCGGCAGGAUGAUAUGCUCUUCUAUGUCCGCCGAAAGCUAUCCUACGUUAGUGGCGAUAGCACAGAGGGAAAGAAGCAGGUUGAAGUUGAAGUUUACCGUAGGGAUUCUAAGAAGCUUCCUGGCCUGGGUGACCCAGACAUCGAUUGGGAGGAGAGCGUCUAUCUGAACCUCAUCCUGCAGAAGCUGGACUACGUGGUCACCUGUGCUGUGUGCACUCGCUCAGAUGGAGGAGAUAUUCACAUUCACAAAAAGAAAUCUCAGCAAGUAUUUGCAUCUCCAAGCAAACACCCAAUGGACAGCAAAGGAGAGGAAUCAAAGAUCAGCUACCCUAACAUAUUCUUCAUGAUUGAUAACUUUGAAGAGGUGUUCAGUGACAUGACCGUGGGGGAAGGCGAGAUGGUCUGCGUGGAGCUAGUGGCCAGUGACAAAAGCAACACCUUCCAAGGAGUGAUCUUCCAGGGAUCCAUCCGUUAUGAAGCACUCAAGAAGGUCUAUGACAACAGGGUGAGCGUUGCAGCUAAGAUGGCUCAAAGGAUGUCCUUUGGCUUUUAUAAGUACAGCAACAUGGAGUUUGUACGGAUGAAGGGGCCCCAAGGUAAAGGACAUGCAGAGAUGGCAGUGAGUCGAGUUUCAACUGGAGACACUUCUCCAUAUGGAACGGAGGAAGAUUCGAACCCAGGAUCCCCUGUGCAUGAGAGAGUCACUUCCUUCAGCACACCACCGACCCCAGAGCGCAACAAUCGGCCAUCCUUUUUCUCCCCAUCCCUCAAGAGGAAAGUGCCCCGAAAUCGGAUCGCUGAGAUGAAAAAAUCCCACUCGGCAAAUGAUAGCGAGGAAUUCUUUCGAGACGACGAUGACGGAGAUCUGCAAAAUGCUUCGAAUCUAAGGUCACGGUCCUUAUCUGGAACAGGACGGUCUCUGGUUGGCUCAUGGCUGAAGUUAAACAGAACAGAUGAAAACUUUCUACUCUAUGCACAUUUAACCUAUGUCACUUUGCCACUGCAUCGAAUUUUAACAGAUAUUCUGGAAGUGCGGCAGAAACCAAUUCUGAUGACAUAGCAGAGCG